GGAAGUCCCGUUGAAGUGAGGCGGGGAUGAGAAAUCAUCGUUGAGUUAGCGCGCUGCUACCUGCUAGCUGUUGCCCGGAGCCAGCUGCCGAGCUGUUGUCAGCUAAGUAGCCCAGUCGCUGUGUUCUUUUCUCCGUCAACAGGCGCGACGAUGACCCGCUGACACCAAGAAUGGACAUAAGUUAACAAUGACGGGGGAGAAAAAGAAGAAAAAGCGGCCGAACCGCAGCAUUCUUCUUGCAAAGAAAAUUAUAAUAAAAGAUGGAGGAAGUCCACAGGGAAUCGGUGAGCCCAGUGUUUACCAUGCCGUGGUGGUCAUCUUCCUGGAGUUUUUUGCAUGGGGUCUCCUCACCACCCCAAUGCUCACGGUAUUACACGAAACAUUCCCCCAACACACAUUCCUGAUGAAUGGGCUUAUUCAUGGCGUCAAGGGUCUACUAUCAUUUCUGAGUGCUCCUCUGAUUGGGGCAUUGUCAGAUGUAUGGGGACGCAAGUCUUUCCUGCUGCUAACAGUCUUCUUCACAUGUGCUCCCAUUCCACUGAUGAAGAUCAGCCCAUGGUGGUACUUUGCCGUCAUCUCCAUGUCCGGCGUCUUCGCCGUCACCUUCUCUGUGAUCUUUGCCUACGUGGCCGAUAUCACGCAGGAGCAUGAGCGGAGCACAGCAUACGGUUUGGUAUCAGCGACCUUUGCAGCCAGCCUGGUUACCAGUCCGGCCAUUGGAGCCUACCUGUCUGUGACCUACGGAGACACCUUGGUGGUGAUCCUCGCCACGGCCAUCGCCCUGCUCGACAUCUGCUUCAUCCUAGUGGCGGUGCCAGAGUCGCUGCCAGAGAAGAUGAGGCCAGCAUCGUGGGGGGCACCGAUCUCCUGGGAACAGGCAGACCCCUUUAGUUCUCUGCGUAAAGUGGGCCAGGACCCCACGGUGCUGCUCAUCUGUAUCACAGUGUUUCUCUCCUACCUUCCAGAGGCCGGCCAAUACUCCAGCUUCUUCCUCUAUCUGCGACAGGUUAUUGGCUUCACAUCCGAGACAGUGGCUGCCUUCAUCGCUGUAGUGGGGAUCCUCUCAAUAAUAGCUCAGACGGUUGUGUUGGGGAUCCUGAUGCGAUCAAUAGGAAAUAAGAACACGAUCCUGCUCGGCCUUGGCUUCCAGAUCCUCCAGCUGGCGUGGUACGGCUUCGGCUCUCAGCCCUGGAUGAUGUGGGCUGCAGGAGCUUUAGCAGCCAUGUCCAGCAUCACUUUCCCGGCCAUCAGCGCCAUCGUGUCCCGUAACGCAGAUCCAGACCAACAAGGUGUCGUCCAGGGGAUGAUCACCGGGAUCCGGGGCCUCUGUAACGGUUUGGGUCCUGCGCUUUACGGUUUCGUCUUCUACUUGUUCCACGUGGAGCUGACUGACUCAGACGGCAAUGAGAAAGGGGGCAAACUCAACAUGGCCAACCCAACUGAUGAGAGUUCCAUCAUCCCCGGGCCUCCCUUCCUCUUUGGUGCAUGCUCAGUUCUGCUGUCUCUGCUGGUCGCCCUGUUUAUCCCAGAGCACACGGGACCCGGCGCGAGACCCGGCGCCUACAAGAAGCACAGCAACGGUGCACAGAGUCACUCCCACAGCCCCCAGGGCAGUGGGGCAGAGGGCAAGGAGCCUCUGCUGGAGGACAGCAGCGUAUAACCUCAGCUAAGGAGGGGCUGACACCCUCACUCCGCCCCCACAACCCCUGCACAAAUGAACAGACACACACAUUUUCCCACAUGGACACGCUCGCACCUCAGGCACACAUCAGACCCGAGUGCCGCUGAGAGGUGCAAGUGUCUGUGUUUGUGUCCACGGCACAAAAGUGGGCACUCAUUCCCUAGCAGCCCUUUUGUGUUUUAAAAGCAGGGUACUUUGAGGACUCUCUAGCGACCCUGCACAGAGAGAGUGUGUUGAGUUUAUUAUUUUUGGGCUGCAGUGGAAAGGUGUUUGUGUGACUUGGUGGAGCUGGACUCUUUGGUUUCUAUAAAAUGAGUGAAGCAUACAGCAGCUCGCCCCCUACUGGUGCAGAGCAGAAGGAAAGUGAUUUGGUUUAGAGCUUGCGUUACUAAAUCCCUGUGUGAUUCCUCAUAUUCCUCCUGUAGCCAGCGAAGCGCCAACUCUGUCUGUUUGUUCCGACAGAAGCGCAACAAACAGCCAGUCGGACGCGUCGCUCUCUGUCUCACAUGAGUUAACUCCUGUUCUGAGGUCAGCACAGCUCCAAGAAGGGAACACGGUUCUUCCUCUGAGUGCUCCCAGCGGGGGGAGCACAGUAACUGUACACCUGAGGGAGGAGCCUCUGCAGGGCAGCGUUGGAGAGGCUCUGCCAAGUCUCAGAUAGGACGGGUCAACCAGUUCACUUAGAUAAAGCUUCGUAAGACCACACUUUGUUGAAUUGUCACUCUUCUUACAGACGGGAGUGUGCAACUGAGACCACUUUAUUAGCUGAAACAGUUUUUUUCAAUGUUUACUUGCCAUUCUCUAGAUUAGUAGUACAGUUUGGGUUGUAUAUUUUUCCGUUUGAACUGAAGGCUAGUUGUGCUUCACGUUUUUAUUCAAGAAACAAAUGUUGCCUUGAAGUGACUUAAGAUAUAUAAAUAUAUAGAUAUUACGUAACCUGUAUGAUGACCGAGGUCUGAGGAGGCUCUGUAAUCAUACGCUAUCGCUCCCAUCGGAGCUGUUACACAUUUUUAAAUCUGUUUUGGUUUCACGUCCUUCCUGUUACUUCGUUUGCUGAUGUUCUGUUGCCGACAGGGUGAAGGUUUAUUUAUGAAGCUUCUGGAACAUAAGGAGCUGGAGCGGCGCUAUCAGCACGUCAGUGUUGGCACUGACUGUUAAUAUGGACAAAUAUCAAUAUCAGUAAUGGAGUUUGUGAUGUAAUGGACAAAGAUUGGGAGUGAGGUGACCGGAUAAGAACGGUUUCAUAUUAUCCCCGACAUUUUAGAUCUCUCGACCUGUUGCUGACGUGGAAGAAACUUAAACAUGUGAAACUCUGACACCCGCAUUUAACAGACUGCAGAUUCUCCACAAGGUGGCGUUGUUGGCUCACUGUCAACCUGCACCACCUGUAGGACAUUCGGCAGCAGUUGAGAUCAGUAGAUGCAGAGCGCUGCCUGCAGGCGAAGGGAAAGAAAAGCUGCUUCAGUAUUUUCAGAUGUGACAGCUGCAGAAUUAGUUUUUGAGUUAUUUUUCAUUUUAGGUUAAAUAUUAAACAACCAAUUUCUCUUUUUUUAUAUAUUUUUAUCUCACAUAUACACACUUAAAAUAACAGGGUUCCCAUUCUAAUAAAACUAAAGCAAACUGCUAAAAUAUAUAUAAGUAUUCAUCAAAUUGAACCACUCAUAAGAACAACAUUACAUAAUUAUAUAACCACUUUAACCUCUGAUAAAAAAAAAUACGAUUAAUUCGUCCUCAUCCUCCAGUAGACCAUAAACCUUUUGUUCUUAAAUCUUCAGAUGAAAACCCUUUAAAUUCUCAAGUUAUAACUUUCAUCAUAGGACUUGGAUCAUCACAAAUUUUCCCAUUAGUCAUCUAUAGAUAUCAAUCAAAUAACAUUUUUAGAAACAUUAAAAAGGAAACCUCUGCAACAUUCGGUGUCUGACAGUUUCCAUGAUUAGAAUUUUUUUUGUUUUUAUUACCUUUCUGCCUGAGUCAUGGUGUCUGUUGCUGCUGCUGUCGUCACUUUCCUCGCCUCAGGUCGAGCUGCAGCUCUGCAACCGGCUGAUCUCGGCUGCGUCUGGUUCUCCGGUGCUUUCACACCAGUGACGCUGUGUUCCCCUUUGAUCACAGACUGUAGACAAAUCAUACAUUGUUCCCGUCACACUUUUCAAGAGUAAAUUUGAAAACGCCCCCAAGUGCAUUUAAAACAACCAAAUGACGUCCUGAUCUGGUGAAGUCGUAGCUAACGGUUUUUUUUUUUUUUGCGGCUGCUUAACAUCUCUGAAGUGAAAUGUGCAUCAUGUGUUUUGUGCCAAAUUUUAUUUUGGUUUGCUUUUUUUCAUACUGUGUGUGUGUGACUGUUUAUUUGCUUCUCAUGUCUUAAUUUUCUUUGGCAGAUUUUUAUACUUUUAAAACUUCAUACAAAUUUAGGAGUAUUUGUGGCUAGAUGGUGAAUAACCAAACGUCUCUGUCUGCGUUUCCAGUCUCGGUCUUCACUUGAUAACAUUUCAUCUUGGUUAGUUACAUUGGAUCAGCUCCGAGUCACUGAAUGUCCGAAUCCAAGCUGCACACGUUGACCACACUGCGCCCUCGAGGUCUCCACUCACCUGUCGCAUAGUUUGUAUUCUUUCAGAGGGGGUGUUACCUAACCAGAAGCUGUUACUCCUGAUUUAACCUCCGAAUAUCAUUCUCAUUUUCUUUUUCUUUUUUAAUGCAUCAUUUCUUGGACCAACACAGUAAAUUCAGAUCCUUCAUAAAUUGGUAAGAUUCUGCACCAGCCCCACGCAGAUGACUGCAAAUGUACAAAAGUCACCUGUACGUACAGUAAAUGUAUAUAUUUAAUCGCUCAAGGAGACGGCCGCCUCUCGGCCUAUUUGGUUGUUCGGUGCAGUCAUGAUCUCUUUCUCAACUUACCUGCUAGCCACUCCUGUUUUUAGUACAACGUGGUCUGUGGCCUGAAACCCCCCCCCCCCCCCUCUCUGUGUGCCUAAAUUUAGCCAAGAAAUUAGUAUGGCAACAUAAGUAAAUGGUGGUUAUUAUGUAAAUAUGGGAAACUAAUGACAAACUAUUUAUUAAAGGUUUAUUGUACAAUGAAA